AUGCACAAAGUAGACCAAUAUACUCAAGCAUUAAGUUUAUCCCGGAACAGUUGCCUUUCAACUCUCGCGAACCAGAGUACAAGGAACACUCAGGAUGACCCGUACAAUGUGAUCCUUCCUGAUUUUUCUAUAUCUAUCAGUCAGAAGGAGUCAAAAGAGUUAAAUGUAGCUCAAAAAUAUGGAUCGCCUCUAAAAGAGGAAGCAUUAGUUGCCUUUACUCCUGAGAAAUGCUACAAAGGGUAUCCUUACGCUAAGGAGAUGACAGACAAAGACUACAACAUUCUUAACUAUGUAACUCCAAAACCAUUACAUUCUGGAAGCCUGAGUAAAGCUUUCCCGACUCAGGACAUGAAUAAGUUCAGGUUCAGAAACUGAAGGCUUCGCCGGCUUGCAGGUGUUGAUCAUGGAGAAACAAGAAUAGUCAAGAAGCAAAGAACAUUGCAUAACCGCACAAUGGCUAGCAUGGUUAAGAGCAUAAAAUUGCUGCAAAGAGGUUCAACAGCCAGUGCAAAGAAGAGACGAUUUAAAAUGGAGCUCAGAGAUCAUGACAAACCCCAGAAAGUCCUCCCGGUUUGCCGUAAAGGUUUCAAAGUCAGAAAGCCUCAUUUUACACUAAACCAAUGUUUGCUACCCAGCAGCACUGGAGGGGAGUAUCAAAGCGGCAAGGCUCUUUGCAGAAGAAGGACGCUAAGCCAUACCCGUGUUGAGGCAGAACAACAAUUUACUUCAAAAAGCCUAAAAUUUCUUUUAUUAAAAGCUCAGAAGGACUGGAAUAGUCGAAAAUAAGUUAUAAAAUCAUCUUUUCAAUUAAAAUAAACU